AUGGCGGAGGAAACAAUUAUGUCUAUAAAUGAUCAGGCAAUUAAAAUUGAACCACCAGAAUAUUCACCAGAAGACAUUAAACUUGAAAUGGAGGAUGAAUUUGAUAAUCCUGACGUUACUGUUAAAUCUGAAUCGUGUUCUGAAGAUGAUGACACGUGUUUGGAAAGAUUUAUGAAUUCCGAGGUGACAAUUGAAGAAGAAGUCAAACAUGAGUUAGCCGAGUCAUCAACUUAUGAAUGUGACAUUUGCAAUAGAACAUUUGCAGAAUCAGACGAUUUAAAAAAGCACAUGGCCGAUCAUAUUCCUAGUAAUAGCAAAGAAUGUUCUUUCAAAUGCGAAGUCUGUUACAAGGCUUUUAAUCGAUUAAGUAAUCUGAAAAGGCACAUGCUCAUUCACAGUGGUAAGCGCGCCCAUGAAUGCAAUAUAUGCAAAAAGACAUUCAUGAGAACAGGUGAUCUAACAAAACACAUUGGUGAGCGACCCCAUCGAUGCAAUAUAUGCAAAAAGACAUUCACAGAAAGAGGUCAUAUAAAAAAACACAUGCUGAUUCAUAAACGAGAGCAUUCCUAUAAAUGUGAAGAAUGUAAUAAGGAAUUUACUCAAUCAAACUAUUUGAAGAGACACGUGGCACUUCAUAGUCAGAAGCCUGGUGAAGAUCAAUGA